UUAAUACUAAUGAUUUUCCGCAAUGUACUUCCGUUUUACUUUAAGUGGGCCGAAACUUUAUGUCAAAUUAACACAAACAAACAAAAAAAUCACCGAAUGUUUUCCACCAGCUACCGCGUUCAGGUCAGGCAGGCAGGGAUCACCAAUCAGAGAGGCGAUGCCCAACUUACCGAGGACGUGAUUCGACAACACAAUGUAUACAGACACAAACAUGGCGUCCAGCCUCUGAAACACGCUCCCGAUUUAUCGACGCAGGCACAGAGAUGGGCGGAGGUUCUAGCGCAAUCCAGCACCCUCAGACACAGCAACGCCUCGGUACGGGGGGAGGGAGUGGGAGAAAAUAUAGCCAUGAAGUGGUCUUCUGAUCCACAAGACUCGUAUACCGGCCAGGAGGCGACAGACCAGUGGUAUAGCGAGAUAAAGCUCUACCGGUUUGGCGUGGAACCCAGGAAUCUGUCGGCAGGACAUUUUACACAAUUAAUCUGGAAAGGAAGUCGGGAAAUCGGUAUCGGAAGAGCCCGUUCGAGAGAUGGCAGAAUCAUCAUCGUGGCUAACUAUAGGCCCGCUGGUAAUGUCGUCGGUAGAUUCCGAGACAACGUACUGGCGCCAGGUGACCAGAAAAGUCCACACCGAAUGACAGAACCCAUCAUCAAAAGGGAAACGAGUCCAUUGGCACAGGAUUUCAACAGAUUAACUGCUGGUAAAAACAGAAGUGGAAGAAUGGAAUCAAAAUCUACGAGAACCUUUACAGAAACCACCGGAAGUGGUGCCAAUAAGAUUACAAAAACUGUAGUGGAAGAGACCAUUAUCAAAGCUGACGGUUCAAAAGUAACCAAUCGGAAGGAAACCGUAACACACGGAGAACAGGGCGGGGCCACCGCUUCUGGACCACUGAUGAUAGAGAGAGGAAGGGAAAAAGAAAAAGAUAGUAAGAAGGAGAAAGGAGGCGGUGUGUCAGGGUUUUUCCAAGGACUUAAGGAUAAAAAGGAUAAAAAGAAGAGGGAUUCAUCCAGCUCCAGCUCGGGGUCAUCGCAAGAAAGAUCCAAGAAACCACAAUCCAUCAAACAGUUUAUUGAUGAAUGCGUAAAAGUCCACAACAAAUACAGAAAGAAGCACGGAGCUUCGUCUCUAAGCCACGCCAAGGAUCUGAGCGCAUUUGCUCAGAAUUGGGCGGAACAGUUAGUAUCAACCAAUGCCUUUAAGCACAGCGACUGUAUGCACAAAGGAGAACGACUGGGAGAGAAUAUCGCCUGCAAAUGGUCCUCAUCAGGGGGAGACUACUCCGGAAAAGAAGUCUGUGAUCAGUGGUACAGUGAAAUCAGUAAACACGACUUCAACAACGAACCAAGAUCCUUAGGCUCAGGACACUUUACACAAAUGGUUUGGAAAGGAAGUAAAGAAAUAGGAGUCGGAAAAGCCAAAACCUCUGGUGGGAAAGUCAUUGUAGUAGCCAGCUACCGUCCGGCAGGAAAUCUGGUGGGAUCGUUCCGGGAAAACGUCUCUCAGCCACACUAAUCUAUUUCUAAACACUUGCUAGAUAAUCAUGUAUUAUAACUGCUAUGUACAUAAAUCAAUAAAUUCAUAUCAUUCAAAA